UUUCCCCCAUACCAGAUCGAUCACAGCUGAACUGUCCCUGCUUUGUUCGGAUUCCAUAGCUCGCGAGUUCCGGAUAUAACACUCGGCCUGCCGCGGCCGCCCUCAAUCCGUUUCCUGCCCGAUACAUUCUGAUCCGCCGACCGGAGAUGGCGAAGAACACGGGAUUCUUGAUCUGCUUGCUGAUCGUGGCCAUGGACGUAGUUGCUGGGAUCAUGGGCAUCGAGGCCGAGAUAGCUCAGAACAAGGUGAAGCAUGUGAAGGCGUGGGUGUUCGAGUGCCGCGAGCCGAGCCGCGAGGCGUUCGGGCUGGGGCUGGCCGCGUGCGUGCUGCUGGCGCUGGCUCACGCCGUAGGGAACUGGAUGGGCGGGUGCGUCUGGAUCCGGUCCAGGGAGGAUUUGAAUAGAGUGACCGCCAACAAGCAAUUGGCCGUGGCCUCUCUCAUUUUCUCCUGGAUCAUCCUGGCGGUCGCCUUCUUGAUGCUGAUCAUGGGGACGCUGCACAACUCCAAGUCGCGGCGGUCCUGCGGGCUCGCCCACCACCGGCUCCUCUUGAUCGGGGGAGUGCUGUGCUUCUUCCACGGCCUCUUCGCCGUCGCCUACUUCGUGUCGGCCAAGGCGGCAAGAAAAGAAGACCGGUCGGGUCGUCCUCAGCCGCCGAGACAGGAACCUGCUUAGCUAUAACGUCGGAUUCCCAGACAGCUCCAUUCAUUCUUUCGUGUUCUUAAAGUUCACUGCUUUUCGUCUCUGUUUUUCGCUGAUUGUUUUGGAUUCGGAUCCAAAGAACAAGAUUUGAUUUUCAUUUUGAACUUGAAUUGAUUCUUUCAUCGCGGAAUUCGCUUGAAGAAGCAUUCGCCGCUCUUUG